CUUGGGCAGCAAAGGACGGUGGCCGAGAGCCGGGGAAGGGACUAGUAUGGCGGCAGCGGUUGGCCGGGCGUGCGCUUUUAGCGCCUUGCGAGCGGCGUGGCGAGGGUUUGCUUCUGUGCCAGUGAAAGGAAAUUGUUGUUCAUAUUCUAGCCUGGCAUGGGCUUUCCAGGCACGAUGUUCCAUCUCUGCCCCCUGGACCGUGACAGUAGAGCAACGCAGACAAAGCAGUUUCUUCAAUACGUUGACAGCUGAUGAGCUGUGGAAAGGAGCUUUGGCAGAGACUGGUGUGGGAGUAAGGAAAGGAAGAGGAAAGAGAACGAAGAAAAAGCUAAGGAAGGAUCUGAAUAAAGGCCAGGCGAUUGGUGAAGGACGUUCUGGAUUCCUCUGGCCUGGUCUUAAUGCUCCUGUGAUACAGGGUGGGAAAGUCCAGGCAAUUAGCCAAAGAAAAAAAGAAGAACGAGAGAGAAUUCAGUCUGAACUUAUUCAGCAGAGGGAUACAUAUGAGAAGAGAAGAAAAAUGAAAAUUAAGAGGCAGGGAGGUUGGAGUGGAAGGUGUUGGGGAGGUGUCAUUCUGGAUCCUCCUGACCCAGGUCCUAAUGGAGAAACUUAUGAAGAUUUUGAAACAAGAGUCAUUGAGGUGAGAAACGUGUUUUGUAUGAAUGCAAAGGAAGGCAGAAAAAAAUCAAUACGUGCCUUGGUGGCUAUUGGAAAUGGUAAAGGAGCUGCAGGUUUUGCACUGGGGAAAGCAGGUGACAGGAUGAAUGCUUUACGGAAAGCAAAAAAUAAAGCAAUACGCGGGUUACAUUUUAUAGAGCGGUAUCAGGACCACACUAUUUACCAUGACAUCACAGUGAAAUUUAAAAGAACAACCAUCCGCAUGAAGAAGCAAAACAAAGGGUAUGGUCUUCAUUGCCACCGCGCUAUCAUCACCAUCUGCAAACUAAUUGGCAUUAAAGACAUGUACGCCAAGGUUUCUGGAUCCAAAAACUUGAUUAACCUUACCAAAACUCUCUUCAAAGGCUUGACACAACAGGAGACUCACCAGCAGUUAGCAAACCAGAAGAAUCUCUGUGUAGUAGAGUUCCGGGAGGAGCAGGGCCCUCUGCCCAUCGUUGUGGCACUGCCUGAGGGGACUGUCCGUGAGGAUCCUGAGCCUGAAGAUGAAGUUCCAGACAUAAAGCUGGAGUGGAGUGAUGUGAAAGCAGCUCAGGGAAUGAAGAAAUCUCCGUGGGUGAAUGUCAAACGGACAAUAUGGUGAAAGCUUCAGUCCCUCUGUCUCUUCUGCAGCAGGGAAAGCCCAACCCAAAUGGACAAGUUAGCUGGGCUUACAUUUCAGAGGAGGGCAUCAUAAUUGUGCCAUUUAAAUUGCUGCUCCCAUUGCUACCAUUCGUUUUGCUUUCCCACAAUUCUUCUGACCACUGUUCAACUAGGGACAUUCAGAUGGAAGCAGCAGUGAACAUGAUUUUGUCUUCAAGCAUGCAUUUACUUGAUUCCUGAAGAUGAUGUGUAAUCAACAGAUUGUAUGUGUCUUUCACGAGCUUUUGGGAAACUACGGGAAAGAUGAGCUUGUGAAAGCAAUAAAGAAUCCUCAGAACGAGCUCA